CUCUCUGCCUCUCCUCCCUCUCCACGUCCCCCGCUCAUGCCGCUCCUCUGCUGCCUCUCGUUCCGUGGCUGUCGUUGUCUGGGGGGGCCCGGCCCGCCCCGCUCCGAACGCCCAGUCGAGGCGGGGAUCGUGGUCGCGAGUGACUACGAGCGGCACCACGAAUCGGAGAUCAGCGUGAGCGCUGGGCAGCGUGUCACGGUCAUCGAGCGAGACCACUCGGGCUGGUGGUUCGUGCGCACCGCCCACGCGCAGGGCUGGCUCCCCGCCACUCACCUGCGAGUUCAGCGCGCGCCCUGCGAGCACGGGGACAGCCACGAUGAGACCUUGCGAGGAGUCCACGUGUCAAGUACUGGCUGUCUCGGUCGCCUGGAGAGGAGGUGGACCCUGGCUGGGCCCGGCAACAAAACGACGAAAAAUGGAUGCCCGUGCGUAUCUCUGGCGGGGGAUCUGCUCCCCGUGGAGAUUAUCGGCACCAUGAUGGACGUAAGUAACUUACGCGGCCAGAGGCAGCAGCAGCAGCAGCACAGAGAGACUGCACUCAACAAGCCGCGGUUACAAACACAGCCGCAUCGAAGCCUCAUUCAGCACCACGGCCAGCAGCAACAGCAGCAGCAUCAGAAUGUACAACAUCAGCAAAAUCAGCACCAUGGACAGCAGCAACAUAAUGUGCAGCAGCAGCAGAAAAAUCAGCACCAUGGAGAGCAGCCUCAGAAUGUGCAGCAGCAGCCGCAGCAGCAAAAUCAGCCCCAUGGACAGCAUCAGGAGCCGACGGAGCAGCAGCUGCAAGCUGCAAAAGAAAAGUUUCCGCAGCGCCAGCAGCAGCAGCAGCAGCAGCAGCAGCUGCAGGUGCAGACAGCUGUUUACCGACAGCUGCCCCUGCAGGUGUACCAGUGCAAGGGGGAGCAAGAGGAACAGCAGCCGCAAGCAGCUGCAGCAGCAGCAGAACAGCAGUUGCAACAGCAACAACAACUACAGCCAUCGCCACCAUCGCACACAGAGCCAAUAUUACCCCAACACUCACCACUACAGCCAGACUCACACCAACACUCACCACCACAGUCAGACUCACACCAACACUCGCCACUACAGUCAGACUCACACCAACACUCACCACUACAGCCAGACUCACCCCAACACUCGCCACCACACACGGCCUCCCUCCCAUGCCCACACAAAACUCAACUCUCACCUUCACCGCCCCCUCCGUGCAACCCCCCGCCCCCGCUCCCGCCCCCGCCCAGCCCCAAGGGGAGGGGUCAGGGCCUGACACCAGCCGCCAUGGGGGCAGAACACGUGACGGGCAGAUCACCAGCACGGAUACCACCAUCCUCGUCAUCAGCAGCCCCAUCAUCGUCAUCAUCGUCAUUGCGAGCUCUGAGCGCCUCACCGGCCCCAUCAGCACUUGCUCCGUCGUCACCUGCGCCAUCAUCACUGGCGCCAUCAUCACUGGCCCCAUCUCCUCUGCCCUCUUCCUCCCCUCGGUCCUGCAAGCUGAGGGCAGCGCCACCGCGCCCCGGCAUUCCACCACAGACCCCGACACGGACCCCGACCCUGACACAGACCCCGACACGAGCAGAGACACUGACCCUGACGCAGACACAGACACAGACACGGACCCCGACCCUGACACAAACCCUGACACAACCAAAGACACAGACCCUGACACAGACCGCGACCCUGACACAAACCCUGACACAAACCCUGACACAACCAAAGACACAAGCCCUGACGCAGACCCCAUCAGUCGCGCUGAUGAAGCUAAAGUCGAGGUCACUGCCAGCCCAGGGGACAUCGCGACCUCCUCCGUGCCGCCGCAGGAUCCUCCGCCCCACGCUGCCUCCUCCUCCUCCACCGCCCCUCCAUCCCCGAGCCCCCGCUCUGCCCCCCCAAAUCGACGUGGACCGUGGGGGGCCGCCUCCCGCCACCAGCAGCAGCAGAAAAUCUCCGGCACCAGCGCCCCCACGCAUAGCCCCCAGCACCGACACUCGCGAUAGUGGCCGGACCCAGAUCGUGACAGAGAACACAAUCAGAUUAGUGGCAACAUCAUCCCUAGCAACAUCAUCACUAGCAACCACAUCACUCGCUACCACAUCACCAUUGACGACCACAGCACUAUCAAUAUCACGACCAGCAUCAUCACUACCAUCACUGGUAAUACCAUCACGAGCAACAACAUUGCUAGCAACAUCGUUACUGGCGACAUCAUCACUAACAACACCAUCAUUAGCAACACCGUCGUUAUCAACAUCAUCACUAGGAUCAUCAUUUCCAACAGCACCACGGGUAACAUCGUCACUACCAACAACAUCACUAGGAACAUCAUCACUGCCAACAACAUCAUCAUUAGCAACAUUACUCGCAACAUCAUCAUCGUCAUCACCAGCGCGCACUACAUCAACAGCAUCUCCGCUGCUCGUGUCCGUCGCUGCUGCUGCCGGGGUGAAACGCCGCGCUCCGGCGAAACCUCUGAGGCGUCUCAGCCGUGCGUCCCAGGGAGAGGGGGUCACAGCGGGGGGCCCGACCCGAGCCUCUCACGGGGACCCCGCGCCCGCGACCCCCGGCGCCGCUGCAGAUGGAGGCGCUUGAAGCGGUGUUGCAGGGUGGAGGAGGCGGUGCUGGGUGAUGGAUGAGGUGGUGAUGGGUGAAGUGGUGAUGGAUGUGAUCGCUUAGGUAAUGGAUGAGGUGGAGAUGGUAAUGGAGGUGGAGAUCGUGGCCUCAACUGUCAUGAACACCAUGUGUGACCAGCAAACACUUGUGUCCCAAAACCUAAACGUGUCUCAGUAUCGUCGUGUUCCCAUUUCCACGAGUCCCAAUAUCCACGUGUUUGUAUCACUCUUCUAUUGCUCCUUCCAUGGUUACUGUUCUCCUGAACUUCACUCGUUGAUUCAUCCGCUCGUGUUGAGGACUCUCAUCCACCACACUGUGGUCAACCACCACACUGCAGGUCACAACAACAACACACUCACCCACUCUAUGACACGCUAAUGCGCUCAUUCACUCACCCACCCAUCCACUCACUCGCGCACUCACCCAACCACCAUAAAACUCACCACACUGCCAGUCACAACACUUCUCUUUCUGCUUCUUCCCUCGCACUGUUCCACAUUAGAAUCCCUCCUCUUAUCGCAUUUCCCCCCACGCUAUUAUAAUAACCUUCAAUUUAAGAAAGUGUUUACUCUUAUCUAUUACAACUUUGUUAGUGCUGUUUGCUGCUGGCCGCUCGAGCGUUUGCGUCUGUGCCCAGCAACUGUUAAAAACAUAACGUGUCCCAGUCUCUUCGUGGCCCAGUCUCCACGUGUUUGUGCAAUCACUUAUCCCAAUCUUCAAGUAUUCUGAUACCCAUGUGUUCAUAUAACCACGUGUUCCUAUAGCGGCGUGCUCCAUUCUCCACGUGUUCGUAUAACCACGUGUCCCAGUAACUACGCCUUGGUAUAACCACGUGUUCCAACAUCCACACUGUACACGCAGCCAUCCGUGAUGUGAAAGCGAAAUCCCCUGUGACUGACACUGUAGUAUUUAAAAUGCUGUAUUUAGUAAUUCAGAUAUUUCGUCUGCAUAAUCCCUUGAGAAGCAAGGGUGUCCAUGCUCUCAAGUGACACACAUCAUCACACGUGUAUACAUACAUACACAUAGACACACAUACACACUCUCACCCACACACAAAGACACACAUGAAAACAGAAUAAUAGGUUGUACCCUUUCUGGUAAUAACCCAGGCGUUACGAUGGUCAAAUACCAAAUAUACACCUAUUACCAGAAAGGGUUCUUCAUUUUUCAUAAUAUUGAUACAGGGGAAAUAAGGUCCCACACAACACAGACCCAUUCAUUCGCCCACUCAUUCAUCCAUUCACUCAAGAACUCAAUCACAAUCAUACCUCACACACACACACAAAGAUAUAUACAUAUGUACACACACAUACAUACACGCAAUACAAAUAUUUAAAAAUUGGUUUCUGAAAUGGCUGACACCUAAUGUGGUGGCCGACGCUGCGUGACUUCACUGCGGACAGCGUCUCGCUUUGUGCCCGACAGCGCGAUGCAUGUGUGCUGCCUGGCAGUGUGUAAGUGCAAUUCCCAGCGUGUGCUGUAGCACUGCCCUACGUGGACUGUGUGCUGUGCAGUUCACAUCUCAUGAAUGUAUAAAGAAUCGAGCUGCGAAA